AUGCACUAUCUUAAUAUCAUAUUACUGCUACAUUUUUCCCAAUUCAAUGUAAACCUUGCCCUCGAAUAUUGCAAGCUAUGCAAAAAAGGAACUCACACUCUUUGCCUAUACAAAGAAGGCCCGUCGGACGAUUGCCUAGAAUACACGAAGCCGGAAAUGACCACAAGUCUAAAAAAAUACAUAGUCGAUAUCCAUAAUGAUAUAAGAAACCACAUAGCAUCCGGCCAAGAAACCAGAGGUAUUUUAGGUAGACAACCGGCAGCAUCCAACAUGCACAUCCUCCAAUGGGAUAACGAAUUAGAAGAAAUAGCUCAAAGAUGGGCUGAUCAGUGCUUCGGAGCUUAUGAUCAACCGCAACACGAUCAAUGUAGAACAACGACGCGUUUCGAGCUUGGUCAAAAUGUUUUAACAGCCUCAACUCCAACUAAAGAUUUUCCAGAAAUUUCUAUUUUGAUAUUAAAUUGGUUCAAACAAGUUCAAGAUGUGUUACCAUCAGAUUUGGAAGUAUUUUCUGGUAUUAGACGUGGCAAGUUUUUCAUUGGCCAAUACACGCAGCUGGUAUGGGCUAAAACCCGAUUUAUUGGUUGUGGUUUAGCCACAUACCUUAACAAAAUCGAUACAGAGCCUAAAGCUAAAUACUUGCACCGAUUAGUAUGCAAUUAUGGACCAAGAGGAAAUGUGAUUGGAAAGCAAGUUUAUAGUAAAGGUGAUCCAUGCUCGAAAUGUCCUUAUAGUAGAUGUCAUCUUAUAAGGACUAGUUUAUGUGAAGCUAUAGAUGAUCCAGCCAUUUUCAAAUGGCUAAGAGUUAUAGGUCAGCCAUUGAAAUAUGACAGGAAAUUUGAUGGAGAUAGUUGUGAAUGUUUGUUUAGAGUUAAUUGA